GGGCCCAGACUGGCGGAGGCGCGGUGCGGCCUAGCGAGAUGCCUGUGACCGUAGGCCCGUACGGGCAGUCGCAGCCCAGCUGCUUUGACAGAAUAAAGAUGGGUUUCAUGAUGGGCUUUGCAGUGGGCAUGGCUGCAGGAGCGCUGUUCGGCACCUUUUCCUGCCUCAGGAUUGGCAUGAGAGGACGAGAGCUGAUGGGUGGAGUUGGCAAAACGAUGAUGCAAAGCGGAGGGACAUUUGGGACAUUCAUGGCCAUUGGUAUGGGAAUACGCUGCUAAUCUGGAAUUUGGGAUUUAUCCCACAGUGCCCCCAGCCAGCCAUUCCUCUGCUAUACAAUAAUAAAGUCUUUAGCUACUUGGAAGUGAGAGCUCUUAAUGAAAUAGCACAGUCCUACCUGCUGUGCUCUGCUGAUUGUAA